UUCAGUGUGAGGAAGUGCUGGUCGAGUCUGUGGUUGUUAAUGUUUCAAACAUUGGUUCCUGGUUUCUUCUCACGGAGACGCACUGAGCCUGUCGGUGUGAAACCUUCCUGACAGCUCAUGUCUUCAUGUCUUCAUGUCUUCAUAGCAGCAGAGCAAACACCCUGCUUCCUAACUUAACCAUUAGCCUCGGUUAGCACAUGAAGCCGCACGGACCAGUACGAGAACGCUGACUUUCAAAGUAAAACACCCCACAACGUGCUCUGAGCUGCGGCUUUUAUUCUGAAAUGUGACAAACUUGACUGAACGUGGUUUUCUUGUUGUGUCGCGCUUGACGCUGUCGAACUAUUUGCACGUAUUUUGCUACGUUGUGUUUAGUUGUUACACUGUGUGUGUUGAGUGGCUCUAGAGGUGUCUUUUAACGCAUCAGAAGCAGCUGGACAGGUCUCUGUGUUGAUCGGCCUACACUGGGAACAUGUCAGCAGGGUGCACGGACAUGUCACUGGGGGACUAUGAGAGGCAUUUCGACUCGCUUAACUCGGACCUGGACGCCUUGUCUGUCGUCAGCGAGAGGUCGGCUUCGAGCACGUAUAAUGGCGAAGAGGAGAAGCUGCACUACAUUCCUAUCCGGGUCCUCGGGAGGGGGGCGUUUGGGGAAGCCACCCUGUACAGGAGAACAGAGGACAACUCUCUGGUGGUGUGGAAGGAGGUGGAGCUCAAUUCCCUCUCCGAAAAGGAGCGCCGAGAUGUCAUGAACGAAAUAAGCAUCCUCUCCAUCCUGGAGCACAACAACAUCAUAGCCUACUUCAACCACUUCAUGGAUAAAAACACCUUGCUUAUUGAGUUGGAGUAUUGUAAUGGAGGAAAUCUGUAUGAUAAAAUCAACCAGCAGAAUGGGAAACUUUUCAGCGAAGAGGUGGUCAUUUGGUACCUGUACCAAAUUGCCUCAGCUGUGUCCCACAUUCACAAGGCUGGGAUCCUACACAGAGAUAUCAAAACUCUGAACAUUUUUCUGACCAAGACUGACCUCAUCAAGCUAGGCGACUAUGGCCUCGCAAAGAAGCUAGACUCUGAGUCUUCAAUGGCAGAGACUUGUGUGGGAACUCCAUACUAUAUGUCACCUGAAUUGUGCCAGGGAGAGAAGUACAACUUCAAAUCAGACAUCUGGGCCAUGGGUUGUGUCAUUUUUGAAGUCUUGGCUCUUACAAGGACAUUCGAUGCCACGAACCCUCUGAACCUCUGUGUGAAAAUAGUCCAGGGCAACUGGACCAUGGAAGUGAACUCCGAUGUUUAUUCAUCCGCAUUGAUCAAACUGGUGUAUGAGUGCCUCGAUCAAGAUCCCGCAAAGAGGCCUACAUCUGAUGAGAUUCUGGACCAGCCAAUCAUCUCCUGCUGCAGACAGGAGCUUGAAGACCGAGUUGCCCUGCUGAAUUCAGCAAUGAAAAAACCAAAGCUGAGUACAGUGACGGACACCCCUGUUGCUGUGGUGACCACACGCUCAAGGGAGGUGUACUUCUGGGGUGGAGGGAAAUUCACCCCCCAGAAAAUGGACACGUUUAAAGGAGGCAGCAGUGCCCAACAUGUGUGUGCAGGAGAGAGUCACUUUGCAGUGGUGACCGUGGAGAAGGAGCUGUAUACCUGGGCAAAUGUCCAAGGUGGAGCCAAGAUGGUGGGCCAGCUGGGUCAGGAAGACCGGGCCUCGUACCGGCAGCCAAAGAAGGUGGAGAAGCUACAGGGGAAGGCCAUCCGACAGGUGGCGUGUGGGGCGGACUUCACUGCCUGUGUCACCGAUGAGGACCAGAUGUACAUGUUUGGUUCAGACUAUUACGGCUGCAUUGGCGUGGAGGGAGCGCUAGGCGUGGAGAUUUUGAAACCGGUGCUUUUGGAGUUCUUUGAGGAGCGGCCUGUCCGUCAGGUUUCAUGUGGAGACAACCAUGUGGUGGUCCUGACUCACAGUGGGGACAUCUACGCCUGGGGCUGUGGAGAGUAUGGGCGUCUCGGCCUGGAAUGUGAGGAUGACUUUUCUUCUCCGAUGCAAGUGGAGCUCCCUAAAGGCGCCACCAUCUCCUCAGUUUCAUGUGCCAGCGAUGGAACCUUCUUUUUAACAGAAACAGGCAAAGUCCUUGCAUGUGGAAACAAUGAAUUCAACAAGCUUGGUCUGAACCAGGGAAUCUCUGGUCUCAAACACCGCCCUGGAGAGGGUUACCAGGGGAUCCCGUACAUCACUACACUGACUUUGGUAAAGCAGCUGUCGAGGUUCAAGAUUCAGGUCAUAGCCCCGGGGAAGAGCCACACAGCUGCCAUCGAUGCACGUGGUCGUCUGAUCACCUUUGGUUGCAACAAGUACGGACAGCUGGGUGUGAAGGACUUUAAGAAACACCAGGGUGUCCAACUCCUUCUCGGACCCUUUGGAGGGAAGACAGUGACCAAAGUGUCUUGUGGAGACGGUUUCACCAUUGCAGCCACUGAGGACAAUCAGAUAUUUGCAUGGGGAAACGCAGGAAACGGGCGACUUGGGAUGCCGGCUGAUAAAGGGUUUGGUUCAGAGGUAUGCCCUGCCAUGCCAAGGCCUAUCUUUGGUUCCCUCCACCAUGUACCGGACCUCUCAUGCCGUGGCUGGCACACCAUUAUCAUAAUGGAGAAAGUGCUCAACUCCAAGACUAUCCGUUCUAACAGCAGUGGACUAUCAGUUGGUAGUGGACUGGGCCAGGGGGCAUCUACGUCUACAGUGGAUCUGGACAUAGAACCUGGUUCAGAGACGGGUGGUCGUGAUAGGGGUCUUGGUGGUACACUGGAGGAUAAUACGGAGGAGUGCCACAUGGAGACUCCGAUGAUGUCACUGACAAGUCAGACUGGGGACAGCUCCUGCCCUUUCUGGCUCAGAAAGGAGCUUGAGAAUGCAGAGUUCAUCCCGAUGCCAGAGGGCUCUGAGGUAUCCAUUCCUGACCAGCUGUCUUCCAUCUCCGAGAGCGUCACUCUACCUUAUGAGGAGUUGAAAGAGCUUAAGGCUGCGGCAGAAGCAGUCGGCACUAAGAAAGACCUAUCGACUAAACGAAUGACCUGUGAUAAAGUCAAUGGACUGGAGGAGGCUGACGUCUGCAAAAAAGGAGAAACAGGCGCAUGCUGCGACGCAAGUUGCGAGGUCGCACAGCUGCGAGAGACUGUCGCAAAUCAAGAUUUGAGGAUCCAGAUGCUUGAGAGACAGGUCGGUGAGCAGCAAAAGGAGAAUGAAAGGCUCUGGGCCGCAAUCAAUCGUUCAGUGCAAAGGGAAGCAGGAUGUGACAACAAUGGAAACCAUCCCUCUGAUGCCCGAAUGCCGGGGGAUGGAGGAGAAAGAGGAGGCGCGUUCACAAACCAUGGGGGCCGACCUUCAGGGGCCAGUGUGUGACUUUACCUGCAAAUUGCCUGAAUAUGGGAGAAGUUUGAAUAGCACAUAUUGAGUUAAACAAACUGUUUGGAUGGGGAGUGGAGGCUCGGUUGGACAUGCAGUAGAGGCUGCAGCCUGGUCCCCAUUCAGAGGUUAUGUGCAGUACACGUGUUGCGCUAAAUUGCAUUAUUACAAUCUGUUACAUAUGUAAUACAAUGUAAUACCUUGCACACUCGUAUGCACACCUGUGUUCACCUGUGUGCAGUAAUCUAGCUAGUUUCUCCACAGACUGAAAUGUUGGCUGGAUUCAACAUGAAGCGCCUGACACCUGUGAGAGACAAGAAUCAUAUUGAUCAUAGUGUUACUCUGUAAUGUGAAUGAUAAGUUCUUGUUUUGGUGGUAUUGUUGACUUCGAGGGAUGUCGGCUUUGAGGCUUGGGUCCUUAGUGCCUCGUAUAUUAUUAUUUAUCAAAUAAAACAUUUGACCAUCUGAUGCAAAUAGGAAACCUUCAGCUAAUGCGUCCAAGAUUAAGGUUUCAUCUUGUCAGUUGUUAAGAGAUUGACUGCCAGGAUGUUGUCCAGAUUGAUCCUGACUCAUGUUGGCGUCAUCUUACGAUUUGAAACUUUUACUAUAUGUCUUUAUUUUUAAUUAUUUGGAUUUCAUUCGACAUUCUUAAUUAGUGAAAGUGCCGACUACAAAAUAUCUUCUAACACAGUUUUUCGACAUGUAUGAGAAAUGUUAGCUAUUACAAACAUAUUCUUAUUAACUCUAGCAAAUAUAUACUUUUUUACAUGUGCAUGUUUUAUUAUCAUAUGAGAGUAUUUGUGUGAAACACGAAAACUACUGAUUUCAUUUUUUAACAGCUUUGUAUCUAUCUUCUUUGUGACAUGUAUGAACAGUUUUCUUUGAAUGUGGAAACAUUUAUGAUGUAUCUUACCUUGUGGCUAUAAUGUUGUUUUCUUAUUGCAUUUAUAACCAUUUUAUCUGUCGUUGGUGCUUUCUGAAAUGUUUUUAGAUGUUGUUUUGCCGUAUUUUGCAUCAUUUGUGAAAGCAAAUAUCUAGUUAUAUUUUGGGGUAUGUUUCAUUGUGUUACAACUAAUGUGUUGAGUGUUUGUGUGUGUAAAACCCAUUGUCAUAGUUCGCUUACAAGCUGGUGACUCAUGGUCCGUGAUCUGAAAAUGGGACGUUAAAUACAGUCAGUGCCUUAGCAAGCUAUUCAAACCAAAAUCCUAGCAAAUAUGAAAAUGAUGUGCCUUAGUUGAUGACUGCAUCUAAAAAAUAUGGCUUAUUUUUUGACAAAAAUUUACCAAAAGUUGUUGAGAUGUAACGCUGUCCCGCUGUUGCUUCGUGCUUUGUUAAAUAAAAUUCACAGCUGUC